UUCGUCGGUGUGCCGUCAAAAUCUAUGUGCGCGCCACUUUUAAGUGUUCAGCAGAAAUACUGCUAGUACUAGUAUCUCGCCCUAUCAACAAAUACGUUAUUAAAGAAUAAUGGUGACACUAUUGGUGGCGACAACCACCGAUCCCGCCUCUAUUAAUCCGGCCACCGCACUCCUAGCCAUGACAGGGUGGCGACCUGGCCCCUCUCUUCAGGAGGAAAUGAAGAGUUACAGUAACAAAGAAGUGAGAUUGAUACAGCAUAAUAAAAGCAUAAUUGAAGAAGACGAUUUAGAUCGGCGGUGGGAGGAGGCUACCGGUGAGGUGGUGGAUGAGGUUAUUUUCUUUAGUAAACACACUGCCGUUUCGAAUCGUCCUGCUCUUACUAUUCAUCCCAUCGGAGUUCCUCAUUUACGCGAAGAUGAGGUGCCACCACAAGGAGGGAAACCGGGAUGGGCUGCACCACCUGAUCCAAGAAUGGGACCAUGGCUUAGGCUUCUUAAAAAGAUUACUAAUUCUCAUAAUUUACUUCCUGAAUUUGAGAUUACUUUAGAGGCUACUCAUCAUGGACCUGUCACCACUAAACCAACUAUGUUCAUUGAAAUAGGUAGCACAGAAGAGUAUUGGAAAAGGCUCGAUGCUGCUCAACUCAUUGCACUACUAGUUUGGGAAGGACUUGGGCUUGGAGGAGGUCCCUCAGUAGGAAAUUGGAGCAGUGCCAAUGACAAGAAAACAGUCCUUCUUGGAAUAGGAGGAGGACACUAUGCACCUCGGCAUAUGGAUAUAGCACUAAAAGAUGGUGUUUGGGUGUCACACCUCCUUUCGGGGUAUUCCUUACCCAUGGAAGAUCCUAGUAAGACAAACAAAGAUAAUAAUAAUAAAGAUAUUGGUGGAAAUUGGAGAGAAGCAAUUAAAGCUGCAUAUGAGGCUACUAGAACAGCUUUUCCUGGUGGGGAAAUUUUGGCACAUCUUGAUCACAAGAGUUUCAAGGGUUGGCAGAAAACUGCUAUUACAGGGUUUUUGGGAGAGCAGAACAUUAAAAUUGGGAAGCCUACUGAUUUCUAAUUGUUUUGAUGAUUGGGAACAAGAAGCAAAAAUAGUUGAACUCGAUAGUUAAAUAUUCCUUUUCCGUUAUGAAGUUUGUGAUUUAAUUGGUACUGUUAUUUAAUUGUUUGAAUCAUUUCAGACUGAA